GCGCGAGAUCCGCCCCGCCUCCGGCCGGCGACCCCGCCGGAGGCCAUGCCGGUGACGGACUACCAGGGGUCGUCCGCGUCCCCCUCGCCCUUCUCCUUCGGCUCCCUCCUCUCGCUCCGCCGGGACCACGCCACCAUGCCCUCGGGCGAGGAGGCCGACCUCGAGCUCUUCCAGCGCCACCUGGCCACGUACCUCGGGGAGCUCGUUCCCGCGGAGGCGGCCGAAGGAGCCGCCGUCGAGGAGAUCCUCUCCGUCUCCUGGAUCCGCCGCCUCCUCGAGGCCUUCAUCCUCUGCCAGGAGGAGUUCCGGGUGGUGGUGGCCCAGGCGCGCCGCCGCGGGGCGCUUCCCGCCGCCGCCGAGAAGCUCGUCGCCGAGUUCCACGAGAGGGCCGUCAAGUCCCUGGACGUCUGCAACGCGGCGCGCGACGGCGUCGACCAGGUGCGCCGCUUCGAGCGCCUCGCCGACAUCGCCGCGUCCGUGCUGCUCGCGCCCGGGGAGAUCCACGAGGGCCAGCUCCGCCGCGCCCGCAAGGCCAUCUCCGACCUCGCCGUCCUCCUCGUCGACGACACCACCGCGGCCGCCAGCGGCGGCGUCGCCUCCUUCCUCGGCGCCCACCGCAACCGCUCCUUCAGCCGCGCGCGCGCGUCCCCGUCCCGCGCCGGCGCCGCCGUCGUCGGCUCCUCCGCGUCGGCCUCCCACUUCCGGUCCCUCUCCUGGAGCGUCUCCCGCACGUGGUCCGCGUCGCGCCAGCUGCAGGCCAUCGGGGCCGGCCUCACCGCGCCGCGCGCGCACGAGGGAGGCCUCGCGGCGCCGGUCUACGCCAUGGGAUGCAUACUGCACUACACCUCCUGGGCGCUCGUCACCGCCGUCCCGUGCCCGGACCGCUCCAGCGCGCUCCUGGCGCACCACCUGCCCGUGGCGCCCGCGCGCGCUGCAUUCCCCUGGGCGCCGCCGCUCCUUUCCCUGCAAGAACGCCUAACCGAGGAGGGCAAGCGCAAGGAGAGGCGCUCCUCCUGCGGCCUGCUCAAGGAAAUCCACGUGCUCGAGAAAUCCACACAGAAGCUCGCCGACGCGAUCGACGCCGCCCCCAUUCCCCUCUUUGGGGACAGGGAGGUCGACGUGCGGGAGGCCGCCGCAGAGCUCGCCGCCGUCUGCGCGGCCAUGAGGGACGGGCUCGAGCCGCUGGAGAAGCAGGUGCGCGAGGUGUUCCACCGCAUCGUCCGCAGCCGCGUCGAGGGACUCGAUUCCUCCAUGCACAAUGCCGAUUGAUCCGGCCCCAUCACCUCAAAAGCCUCACCUUCUUCGAUCGGGCAAUGCGGUGGCUGUAGGUAGCUUUCUUCUUUCUCGGUUUGCUUCUUUCUGCUCCAAAUCGUAUUAAGUAUAAAUGUGUAUGUACCUUCGGUGUAAAGGAAGGGGAUUAGGAAGGGGCCGUCGUCAUGCUAAGAUGGCUGCUUGGGUCUCCCAUGUUUUUUUUUUUUGUGAUUGCGUUUCGGUAUAUAUGUUGUCAAAUUUUUGUUAGUAGAAGUUUGGUGUGUCCACGGCUAAUGGUGAUUCGAUUUAUGUUCCAGAGCUCACCAAGGUCAAUUUGAUCUCUGUCAUAGUUAUGAAAUGAAGAGAAUUUCCUUCACCUG